UUUUCCAAAGGGAACAGUAGGUAGCCAGGCCUCCGUCAAGAGUGCACCUAUCUGGUCUAGAUGUUCCACGUCCUUCCUUCGUGUGCAGUGCACCUUUGAGUACUGCAGCCAGCAGCUUCGAGCACAUCCUGUGCUUGCCACGAAAAGCUAGGCCUCACUAAUUUGGUUCGUCCACAGCUUCUAUGUCGGGAGUAUGUGUCUAGGUCCGAGUAAACCGUUCGUAGUGUUUGGUGCCGUCCGCUGUCGCAGCCUUUCGCGCCUUAAAUAAAUAGUUCCAAGACAAUUCACCAUUCUCCUGUCGGUUCAACUUUAAAAGGCUUCAGUGAUAGCUCUUAUCUCUCGUCUUCUUCCUAUCGUCGCGGUCGCACCCAUCCCGUCUUCCUUGAUAAAUACAAUACAAGUCGAUACGGCUCAGCGUAUACUGUAUAGCGAAGGUCCGAAUAGGGAAGGUUCAGUGAAUCCUCUAGCCAGUAGUUUCCUUGGACUAGCAAGGGUCGUGGGAGGGAAACUACAAUUAAAGAGCGGUUUCGGCAGUGGAUGGCAGUGGUUCGUUCGGCCUCGCCCUCGGAGCGCCAAACAGCACGAACCGAUCUGAACCGUCCACGGACCGAACCGUCGAACGGCACGAAAGUCGACAGGCACGCGCGUCGGCCGGUCCAGGCUCAGUCCAGCGCGCACGACCCGUCGCACGGGCCAUCAGAUGACCAGGGCGAAAACGGGGCUGGUAACCAGUUUUCGCCCACUGAUUCCAGACGCAGCGAAACUGCUCCCGCGACCAGCGGAACGACUGUAAGCUGGACUGUAACCAGCGACGGGAGUAUCAAUCCAGCCGUGACAGACGAGACUGCCGAGACUGUCGAGACAGGCGAGACAGUCGAGACAGGUGUAACAAACGAUACAGACGAGACUGCCGCCAGAGCAUGCCUGCCUUCCUGUUCCGGCUCACCUAAUCAACCCCUUCCCCGCCGCCAACUCCCGCGCAGCUCCGCUCCCGCCGCCUCCUCCUCCGCCGCCUCCUCCGCCGCUGCUAAGCCCGCGGAAAGGCGAUCUUUAUCCGGCGCCGCUCUCCCCCGCGCCCUUCCCCGCGCACCGAACACGCCCCCUUUCACGCUUCCGACCGCGCUCGUUCAGACGCCCCUUAGCGCACCUGCGGCUUCCGCGGCUUGGCGGGGGGGGCGCCAGCGUAAGAUGGGGGGAGCCGGCGGAGCAGCCUGUGCGGAAGAGCUCGAUUUGGAGCCUCCGCCGCCCGCCACGCUUUUCACGCCGUCCCCGCCGCCCCCGCAAAAGCUCUCGCGCUUGCCGGCGCCGGCAGCGAUGAUGCACGCGCCGCAUCUCGUGCAGUUAAUACCCUCAUUGAAGCUCAAAACCGUGUGUCACGGCUGCGGAGAGUGCGGGCGCGGAGUCGGCGGUGGUGGAGGCGGUGGCGGUGGUACGUGCUGUGGCUGCGGCGGCGAGUCUAAAACGAAAUCCUCGCUAUUAUCAGCUUCGUUAUGGGGCGUGUCCAGCUUGUCGCAAUUGCAGCUGAUACUGGUUUUUUCUGCGCUGCUACUUACGGCCUCCUUCCUCCUGUCAACUCGCGCAAUCGAUCUCUCCGCCGUCGACUUAAUCGCCGCAGCCGCCGCCCGCGGCGGCGGCGGAGACGGCGCGGGCGCAAGCGGCGAGUACGGCGGCGGCGGAAGCGGAAUAGACGAUCCCGCCAAUAUACUGUUCGUCGAUAGCGUGGGGCUCGGCGGCGGAAGCUGGUUACUUGGGGGACCCGGGGCCGGCGGCGAGAUUGGCGGCGGCGCGAAACGCGGCGGGGGACGCGGCGGAGGCCGCGGCGGCUGGGGGAGGGUACGGGAGAGGGUCAGCGCGGGCGGCGGCGGCGCGGUCGGGAAGGUGACGCGCGCGCUGGUGAGGGGGCACGACGCGGAAAUGGCGGCGAUGAUGGCGGCGCUACAUGCGUCGGCGACGGAAGAUAUGCUCGUGGGGGGCGACAUGGAUGAAAAGGAGCUGCGCCAGCGCGUGCAGCUGGUGGAGGACGAGUGGGACUACUUCCAGGAAGCCCCCUACCGCCUAAUCGACGAGUUUUGGAGGGACGUGUUUGAUGCGGCGUACGACGAGCUGGUGACGCGAGAUCCAAUGGUCCACGAUAGAGCUGUGGAGGAGAUCGCACGGCUCUCGGGGAAGUUCUACGACGUUCGGACCGUUGGACCUAAAGUGGUGUUCGUCCCCAAGGGCGCAGCCAGUCCGGCAGCCGCAGCAGGGAAUGCGGACGACCCGGCGGGGAGCAUUGACACACAGGAGGGGACGGCUGAGGCGGAGGGCACGAGUGGGGGAGGAGAAGGGGGAGAAAGAAGGGGAGAGGCGGAAGCAGAUGCGGAGGCAGAAGGAGGAGAGGGCGGUGGGAAGAAGGCAAAGGCUACUGCUAAGCAAACCGAGCAGCAGCGGGAGCAAACGGAGGAAGGAGGCGGAAAGCAAGGAGGAGAAGGGCAGGAGAAGGAGGAGCAACGGAAUGCAACUUUAGUGCGCGAUUCAGGAGUCAUGGGCGAAAGUGCGGCUAGGGCGGAGCAGCCGGCGGAGCAGCUGGUGGAGCAGAGGGCGGAGCCGAGGGAAGCAAGGGCGAUUGCACUGGCGGUGGAUGUGCCUGAGCAACAAGUGCAAGACAGGCAAGAGAAAGGGGUGGUGUUGCUAUCCAGCGAGGGAGGAGGGGAGAGAUUUGCUGGAGAGCAGAGGGCACAGGAGCUAUUUGACCAAGAGGGGGGGGGCAGGCGGAGUAAUGGCAGCAGGUAUGGAGGUGAAGGGGCUUCAGCAACGGGAGAAGUUGCAGGAGGAGGAGGAGGCGGAGGAGGUGGAGGAGGUGGAGGAGGUGGAGGGGAGGAAUUAGCGGAAGUAGAAGGGGUUGGGGGGGAAGCUGGAGGAGGGUUGGUAUCAGGGAGACUAGGGGCGAGUGGAGUAGCGCCGGGGGGAGUAGAAACACAGUCAGGGGCGUUGAAGAAACCAAGGAAGAGCAAGAGGAGCAAGAAAACAAAGCAGGAAAAGAAGGAGAAGAAGAUGAAAAAACGCAAGUCCAAACGGAGGGGUGAAUCAACUCAGGUGGAAGAAAGAGGAGGAGAAGCUUAGGGGGACACGAGGAGAGAGGCUGGGGGAGCGGGAGGGGGAGGAGGUGACGAUAGAGACUAAGGGGUUUUGCUGCUGUACAUAGACACAGAGGGCACAGUUGAAGAGGGCACAGAUACACAGUAUGGGAGGGGGGUCAUGGAACAGGGGUCGUGCAUGUGGGCAAUGGGUGUGGGUCACAUUGCAUGACUCAUGGUUCUUUGUGAACUGGGGUGAUGAAUACGGCACCAAUUGGCGGCAGUGUGAUAUGUGUGUGUGUGUGUUGAGUAAAUGUGUGAUGUGAAGUGAUACGUAGUGAUUAGACAUUCUUCCUGCUGGUUUCCUGUCGAGGGAGGCAGUAGAUACGGAAAUAAAUGAGACAAGUGAGGACCAGUGGGGAGUACUGUAGUAACUGGUGAGGAGCAGUAUGUUAAAAUUAUAUAUAGUGUUAUAUAAUUUGUAGGCUUGGUAGGUAACUGAUAUAUAAGUCAGAAACUGAAUAGUAUAGAAGGGAGAGAGUACAAGUGAAUAAACCUAAGUGUUGUAC